GGGUUAGGCAGUAAUAAAGGCUUUGCUUUUUUCUAGUUUCUUGUAAAACAAUGAACGUCUUUGACUGAAGACCGUUUUAAAUUCAGGCGAGCAGGCAGUUUAGUUGCCUCGCUCGGCGGCGACUCUGUCGCUUUACUAGGUUUGCUCUAGAGCAAAGCGAAAUGAACUUACUCUCGUUCACGUUUUUAUGAACAGACGGCGUCUAAACAGACUGAUAUCAAGAAAUUCAUUUCAAUUUUGCAUGAAAUAGAAAAGGACCAUGACGGACAGCAGUGAUGCAGUGCCGUUUAGCGGAUUCCGGACGAUCGUAACCUGUGUUGUCGAGCUGCAAACAGAGUCGCGUUUAGGCGACUGAUUGGCACUCUUGAUUGGGACACUUGCUGCAUAUAUAUAUAAGGACCUACAGUUCCUCAAGCUGCGCUGUGGGGACAUGGUGGGAAGACUGAAUUUGCACAAUGUGUCUGACGACCAUCUGCUGGAUAUGAAUUUCACAGCUGAGCGAGCGCUUGACAGCCCAGACUCCGGUCUGCCACCUAGUCCAAGUCCAAGUCCCUGGCUCCUGCCGGUCAGCAGUGAGAAGGGCAUCGGGAGCGCUGUCUCGGAGGACGAGGGGAGAAGCUGCUCAACUGUUCCUUUUAAGCAGGUUAAAGGUAUUCCCCAGCUGCACCCGUUCUCCUACGGCGAGGGAAUUGAACUCGAUCCUCUACCACCAAAAGAAAUAAGAUACACGUCUUCCGUGCGCUAUGACUCGGAGCGCCACUUCAUCCAGGACGUGGCUCUGCAGCCGAAGGGUUUGGGUCUGGAGUCGUGCAGCCAGACCGUCUUGGCUCUGUCUCAGAGCACCUGGAGACGAUAUAAGACCCAGCUGGAGUUCCAGCCUCGUCAGCGGGUGCAGCGGUACCGGAGCACCACCAUAGUGUACCCCAAAUACGCUCAGACCCUCUACACGACCCAGCUCAGUUAUGAUGGACGGAAGCUGGCCAAACGCUUCCUGUCCAGUGUGGAGCUAGAGGCGUCUGACUGUAGGGCCACUCAGUGUUGAAGGGGAAUUGGCCCAUCAGAGAAUCCCUACGACAAAAUGUCCGCGUUACCCAUUAUGGACCACUGCCCACAGUGAGGCUGAUCAGAUCUGGUUCAAUGCAAGUGGGUGGGUUUCCUAACUUUUUUUUUUUUUUUUUUUUUUUUUUUUUUUUUUUUUUUUUUAAAGCAUGCUUUUAUGUUUGUUUUAGCAGAGAUGGAGUGUCGUACUGCUCUGGUGUAGAGAUUAGUUUUAGCAAGUGUCUGGAAGUUUGGGCCGUUUGUAAUGAUGUUGGUGCACCAGUGUAUCAUAUUCUCUAAGUAAGUCCUGCAGCCUCCUCAGUGACUCGAGAUCUGUCAGACUGUAUUGCUGUGGGUUCUUAAAUGCUGUCGCAGAUGUUUGGUUGCUGUGGUUUUAACGAGUUUAAGAUUCUGCACAACGACGUUCGUCUGUGCUGACUGAAGGAGUUAUUGGUUGUGUUGUCUCUGUAACAGCAUACAGCUGCAUGUUACAUAUGUUACACCGCGCAGACACAACCGAUGGAGGCAAGCUGGUUUUAUGCAGCACUGGUGAAAAGGAUAAAUGAGCCAAAUUCAGGAUUUAAGUUGGAGGACUUUCAUUCUGGCUUCUUUGACGGAUAGCCAAUUUCCAAUUGACAUAUCGCAGGGCUCAAAAAUCUGCGUGCUCACUUUGAGGUUGGUAACAGCGCUAUGAAACAGGGAAGUGCUGGAUAUUUUGCACAGUGAUGACGAGAAAAGACCAUAUGGAUAUGGGUUCCUGAAACACAAGACCAACUAGAAUGGCGGAGGCGGAUUCUCUUUGCAUACUAUGUGUACUACUGUAAGUCCACAUUUGGGCAUAAGCCACAACUUUUCCCCCACUUUGUUCUUUCAGACAUUUUGUUCUUGUGCCAAGAAUAUCAAAUUUCUUUUUUAUACCAAAUAAAAAUAUAACUAUAAAACAGUGCUGUAAACAGAAUAAGUAAGAUACAGUGUGCUUCUGAGAGUAGGAACUGUGAAUGUCUGUGUACUGGUGUCAGCACUUGUAGGGCAGUACAUUGUUUUUAUGUAAUAACCUAAUUUAGCUUUCCAAAGACACUUCACCUUAGCCACAGUGAGCCUUCUUAGGAAAAUCACUGGUGCAGUAUAUUUAUUUCAUGCCUUUUUUUCAACUGAAAUACAGUUGUGCUGCAUUUAAGUCCACUGCUUUUGAUUUGAUGUCAAGUUGGAUACCUAUAGGUAUUGCAGUUUCAGAUUUAAAUAAACAUGGACUGUCUUUUUAAACAAAUGUUGAUAGCUGUUUUUUAAAUGUUUUAUUAUGAUUAAAUAUGCCUCAAAUUAUGCACUGAAAUGUUUUAAAACUUGGCAAAAUCAUACACCUGUAUAUUUGAA